AACGACAAGCCUGCACCUGGUUCGGCUGAUUGGCACAAGCAGAGAAAGGAUAAUCACAAGGAGGUGGAGAGACGUAGAAGGGAGAACAUCAACGCCGGCAUCAAGGAGCUGGCUAUGCUGCUGCCAUCUGCUGAAACGAACAAGUCGCAGAUCUUGCAACGCGCGAGUGAAUACAUCAAGCGACUCAAGGAAAAUGAACAGAACAACAUUGAAAAGUGGACGCUCGAGAAGCUUUUGAACGAUCAGGCUCUGACAGAGCUGACCGCUUCUAAUGAGAAGCUCAAGACAGAG